GAGAUGUGGGACAUGUGGAUUUGGGACAUGAAUUCAUUUGAAAAACCUCUUUGGGGUUAUGAAUGUGAUUUCUGAUGAAACUGGAUUGGAAAUAUUUUCAUGAUCUUUGUAUAUUUAUAUAUAUAUAUUUUAAAACUUUGCAUUUGACUUAAAGUGCCAUGAGAAAAUUUGCAUAUUGCAAGGUGGUCCUAGCCACCUCCUUGAUUUGGGUACUCUUGGAUAUGUUCCUGCUGCUUUACUUCAGUGAAUGCAACAAAUGUGAUGAAAAAAAGGAGAGAGGACUUCCUGCUGGGGAUGUUCUAGAGCCAGUACAGAAGCCUCAUGAAGGUCCUGGAGAAAUGGGGAAACCAGUUGUCAUUCCUAAAGAGGAUCAAGAAAAGAUGAAAGAAAUGUUUAAAAUCAAUCAGUUCAAUUUAAUGGCAAGUGAGAUAAUUGCCCUCAACAGGUCUUUACCGGAUGUUCGGUUAGAAGGGUGUAAAACAAAGGUGUAUCCAGAUAACCUUCCUACAACAAGUGUGGUGAUUGUUUUCCACAAUGAGGCUUGGAGCACACUUCUGCGAACUGUCCAUAGUGUCAUUAAUCGCUCACCAAGACACAUGCUAGAAGAAAUUGUUCUAGUAGAUGAUGCCAGUGAAAGAGACUUUUUGAAAAGACCUCUAGAGAGUUAUGUGAAAAAAUUAAAAGUACCGGUUCAUGUCAUUCGAAUGGAACAACGUUCUGGAUUGAUCAGAGCCAGAUUAAAAGGAGCUUCUGUGUCUAAAGGCCAAGUGAUCACUUUCUUAGACGCCCACUGCGAGUGCACAGUGGGGUGGCUGGAGCCUCUCUUAGCCCGGAUCAAACAAGACAGGAAAACAGUGGUAUGUCCUAUCAUUGAUGUGAUCAGUGAUGAUACUUUUGAGUACAUGGCAGGUUCUGAUAUGACCUAUGGUGGAUUCAACUGGAAGCUCAAUUUCCGCUGGUACCCUGUUCCCCAAAGAGAAAUGGACAGAAGGAAAGGGGAUCGGACUCUUCCUGUCAGAACACCUACAAUGGCAGGAGGCCUUUUUUCAAUAGACAGAGAUUACUUUCAGGAAAUUGGAACAUAUGAUGCUGGAAUGGAUAUUUGGGGAGGAGAAAACCUGGAAAUUUCCUUUAGGAUCUGGCAGUGUGGAGGAACUUUGGAGAUUGUCACUUGCUCCCAUGUUGGACAUGUGUUCCGGAAAGCUACACCUUACACAUUCCCAGGAGGCACAGGACAGAUUAUUAAUAAAAAUAACAGGCGACUUGCAGAAGUGUGGAUGGAUGAAUUCAAGAAUUUCUUCUAUAUAAUUUCUCCAGGUGUUACAAAGGUAGAUUAUGGAGAUAUAGCAUCAAGAGUUGGUCUAAGACACAAACUCCAAUGCAAACCUUUCUCUUGGUACCUGGAGAAUAUUUAUCCUGAUUCUCAGAUUCCACGUCACUAUUUCUCUUUGGGAGAGAUACGAAAUGUGGAAACAAAUCAGUGUCUAGAUAACAUGGCUAGAAAAGAAAAUGAAAAAGUUGGAAUUUUUAACUGUCACGGUAUGGGAGGUAAUCAGGUUUUCUCUUACACUGCCAACAAGGAAAUCAGGACGGACGACCUUUGUCUGGACGUCUCCAAACUUAAUGGCCCGGUCACAAUGCUCAAAUGCCACCACCUGAAAGGCAACCAGCUUUGGGAGUAUGAUCCCGUGAAGCUCACGCUGCAGCACGUGAACAGUAACCAGUGCCUGGACAAAGCUACGGAGGACGACAGCCAGGUGCCCAGCAUCAGAGACUGCACUGGGAGCCGGUCCCAGCAGUGGCUUCUUCGAAACGUCACGCUUCCAGAAAUAUUCUGAGACCAAAUUUACAUGAAAAAAGAAAAAAGUAAGGAUUGACUGGGCUACCUCAGCAUACAUUUCUGCCACAUUCUGAAGCAGCAAACGUGGACAAGUGCUUCCUCCUGCAGGACGAACGGUGUAGCAGCCAUCACGACGGGAGACGGUUGCUUCUCACUAGCUGUGGGCCAGCCUUCCUUUCCGAGGACGUGCAACUGCCGUGCAGCGAGGCCGUGCACACUGAUGUUUACAAGAUUGAGAGAGUCUUUCGUCGAGAAUCAUUGUAAAGAGUGUUCAGACAGUGAAACAAUCAACAACAUGUGCGCUCCAGAGAGCCGGGCCUUUUGGGGUUUGCUUGCACAUCAGUAAUUUCUGCUGGACAUGCUGUCAUAGUGAAGAGAUUUCUAAGAUUUUUCUGGUUAGAACUGGUAGCCAGUAUAUUAAAUAUUGAUAUAAAGAUAUAUGAAAAGAACUGGAACCAGAUUCAGAAUCAUGAAAGCAACAUUUUUACAAUUAAAAACUAUAUAAAACAGGGUUUAAAGGAAAUUAAAACAGAACUAUGAGAAGUACAAUUUGUUAUAGUAUAGUAUCAAAUUUCUUAUAUAGAUUUUAUACCUCAGUGGGAAAGAUAACUGACUCCAACCACAUUCAUUUUGUUUUCAUCUGUGACAGUCAUGGAUGCUUUUUUAUUUCUCCUCGGGGUGCUGAAAUCGAGCUGGGAAAAAAGGCUCUUUGAACGUAGUUUUAAUUGCUUUAUACAAUUUUUAAAAUUUGGUUUGUGGGCUGUUAGAAUUGUAAUUUUUAAUUGCCUUCCAAAAAUGGGGAUUUAAAAUCAUAUCUGGGUUCACUGCACAGUUAGAUAUCUCAGUUGCUCUUGGGUCAACUGGCUUAUAGACUUGCACACACAUGAAUUUCUUAUUAGAUUUUCAACAACUUCACUUCAUUCAACUGAUUAUGCUUAAUACCCAAGAUUCAUACUACUGUACUACAGGUAUGUUUUUACAGCAAUAAAUCUUCAGUUUUUUGUUUCUGAUUCCACUCAACAAAAGGCCUGCAGAAGUGAUUUGUUAUUUGGGUAUUUGGAGAUGAUACAUUUGACGUUGUGUGUUUUUUUUUGUUUUUGUUCUUGAAAACUUUUCACUCCAUACUCAAGAUGUGCUUCACUGUCAAGUGCGUAUUUAGUUUAGGUUCUUGAAUUGUAAUGUUGAUCUGCUGCAUUUUUUAAGAAAAUAAAAUUUAACUGAAAAUGUUUAAUUGGCAUUUUUUAAUGAGUUAGUCAAAGAAGUGCAACUAUUACUCCAUAUUAUUAAUCCUGCACUUCUCUAAAUUUAAGUUAAAUCAGUUUUUUUGCUUGAUUUCCAGUACUGCAAAAUAACCUGAGUGUUGAUUAAAAGUUGAAUAUCAAUUAAGUUUUACUCCCAUAGAAAGAAAAAUCUCGUAACAUUUUUCCUGAUAUGUAAAGCAGUCCAUUAGCAAAAGUGCAUAUUUUUUUCUAUUUGUAAUACUAUAUUUAAGUGGUAUUCUUUUCUUUGAUUAUCAAAGACUUUUACUGCAGGCAGCGCUAUUUGUUGUGUGUGCCUAAGAAUGUCCCUGAAAGUUGCAUUGGCACUUGCCAAGUUGACUGUACAGAAAGUUCUCACAUCCUAGUCAAGUUAAUACCAGCACAUGUGGAUGCCUGAAGAUGAGUCUGUAGUACAAAAGGCAGAGAUUUCGUCCCCAGGAAAUUUGAAGUUAAGCAGUGCUGGGUGGAUUUUUUUCCUGCUCCAUGAGCUGUGUCAGUUCUGUCUUCAGUAGGCCUAAUGCUUGAAUAAACCAGAUGUCUAGUCAAUAAAUUAUUUUCAUGCUCAGAAUUUCAGGUUUUGUACUCUAGCAUAGCUUGGUCUUACUCCUUACUGUAAGAAAGCUUAAUAGCAAUGUGAUUUAAGGUUUUGUUUUGUUUUUUGUUUUUUAAGAGGGGGAUGUGAGUGAUUUAAUUCAUGGGUACCUUUAGAACCUGAUAGAUAAUACCAUUGCCUUUAUUUUUCUAAUUAAAGAAUUCCUAAAUACUUUGAAAAUAUAAAAUAUUCCUGAAUA